AUGUUAAUAAAAAUUUCAAUAGGUGUAUAUGAUUUAUUUCCGUUUCAUAUUACUUUAUCAUUAUCAUUAUUAAUAUUAACAGAUUGGUCAGCAGCAUGUUUACGAGAUUUUCAAAAGAAUUUAUUGAAACUAAGUGGACAAAAAAGUGCUGAACAAGAAGUGAUUGAAUUAAAAAAUAAACAUAAUGAAUUACAUAUCAAAUAUUUAGAUUUAGAAGAACAAUUAAAAAAAGCAAAAAUGAAAGUCGGAGAUGCUAAUGUCUAUUUCAAUACUGCAACUAUAGAGCAUAAAAAAUUAGCUGAAUCGGAAUUACAAAAAUGUGCUAGUGAGCAAGAACGACUCGCUGAAGAAUUGAACAAACAACAACAGAAAAUAGAGAAAAAUGAAAAUGAAUUAGCAACAGCAAUGAACAAUACUUCGAAACAACAACAAGCUGAACAAGAUAAAUGGAUGCAUCAUUUACUAACAUAUUUUCAACAAAUUAAAAAAUAUAUAGAAACAUGUCAUCUUGAUGAUACUAUACAAAAAAUAAAAGAAACUCUUGACGAAAUAUUAAAUCACAGUACACAACUAGCCGAAAAUGAUCCAAUGAAAGACUAUUUAUCAUAUUAUUGUGAUUUAAUACAAAUAUCAAUUACUUCCUUGACAAAUUCUCUUAAAAGUUGGCAAACAUAUUCAAAAAUGUUAAUAACUGAUCUAAUGAAACAAUAUACAGAAAAUAAUAACAAAGAAAUACUUUGUAAUUUAGGUAAUUGGGCAUAUGAACGGUGUCAUACAUUUAUUAGAAGUAUUCAAUCAAAUACAAAUAGUAUUGAUGAUAUAAAACGAUUAGCUUAUGAUAUACAUCAACGUGUGAUGCUUAAUAUUACAAAUAUAGAAACAUUUUUAACUGAAGCAUUGGAACCAAUGGAUGAAUUAAUUAAAAUCAUUAAAAACAAUAUUGAUUAUCGUUUACCAGGAACUGAAAUAGGAUUACUCAAAUUACUUGAACGAUUUGAAUUACGAUUACAAACAAGUACAAAAUCUCUAUUACUACAAACAAUAUAUAUGGCUUUUUCGUAUAGUACAAAUCCAUUUGGUCUCGUAGAUGGUGUUAGUCAAUCGAUAAAAAUAUUAAAAAAUUUAGUAUUAUCACCUGGAUAUAUGAUCACACAAAUGUGGCAUACAAUUGAUACACUUAGUGAUUCACAAGAUUUGAUUUUAGCCGAUAUACAACAAAUAAUUGAAGCUAAAAAUAUUAUUUUAAAUAAUAAAUCGGAAAAAAAUAAGAUUCAACAUGAAUUAAAUUUUCAUGAAAUUAUUUAUUUUCUUACAAUCGGUGGUUCAGAUAAUAUGGAAGUAACGUUGACAAAUAUAUUAAUGGAACACAUGGAUUUUGUACUUAUAUCAAAAUUAUAUCAAUCUAUAGUAGAAGUUUAUGAAAAAGGUGAAAAAGUUUUAUUUGAACCAUGCAUGUCACACAUAAAAUUGAACAGUGCAAUGAGCAGUGCCACAACAAUUACGUUUAAUCUACUUGACCUUGUUAAAAAAGUAUUGAAUAAAUUUAAAUCCCUUUUCAACUUCUUCUGUAACGAACAACCACCGUUAGAAUUGAGUGAUCACAUAAAAGUCUUCAAUAUGAUAUUUAAUGAUUUACUCAAUGAAAAUAUUCAUUGUUAUAUGCAACAACGUCAACAAGGUCAUCUAUUGAUUCACACUAUUUCACCACAGUGCUAUUUGAAUAAUUUGAUAAAAUUACAUUAUAAACAUGAAAAUAUGUUAGGACUUGAACCAUUAAAUCGUAACAAAUAUUCAUCAUCUUCUGAAUGUUUUGAGUUACAAGUUACAAUUUCUCUAUCACGUAUAAUUAUUUAUUUCAUAAAACAAGAUAAAAAUCCAUCAAAUGGUUUUAAAGUUCAAUUAAAAAUUUAUAAUACUCUAUCUAAUAGUUGGGAUUUCGCUGUAAAGACAAAUUCAAUUGAAUAUAUCAGAAUUCAACUUGGAGAAGAAUUGUCAACAAAGCUAAUAAAAUGGUCAAAUUAUAAAAAAUUUUAUACAGUUGAUGGUAUAUUCGAUAACUUGCCCAAUUCCAACACAAUAACAUCGACUCAAUUAGAACAACAAACAAAGGAAUUAGAACCAGCUUUGUCUGCUCAUCAUAAAAGUAAUGACGAAGAAAAACAAAUCAAUGAUUUACGUAGUACAAAAAUUCUUGUUAGUUUAAAUAGAAAAAUUGGUGAAAUGAUUAAAAGUCUUAAAACUGAUGAUAUAGUAAAUGCGAAUAAUUUGAUAAAUGUCGUUGAAAUAAUUAAUUUUCAUAAACGGUUACCGCAUGCUGAUACAAUAAAACAAUGUUUUCGAAGUUUUGGCCAUUUAGCAGAUGAAUUUUCCACAAUAAAUCAAACAAUAAUCCAGAAUGAAUUAAUCGAUAGUCGUAGCGAUAUUCAAUUCGUAUGGUCAAUCGCUUAUGGAUGGGCAAAUAUCCUAACAAUGAGCAAUAAUAAUUCUUCAAAUGAUAGAAAUUUUAAAACAUUAAAUCAAGAAUAUGAUCAAAUAUGUGAAAUUUUGGGAAAUAAUCUCGAAUUAGUUAAAGUUAAUAAUCUUCUUCGAAAUAAUGCACAUACAAUCUAUCGUAAUACAAAUCCAGGAAAAUUAAAUGAUACAUUUCAAUAUUCACAAUUAGAUCGCGAUGCACAUAUUUGGUUGUAUCGAUCAAAAGAUACACAAACAAUACAAUGUGCACCAUUAAAAACAUCGAUUGAUUUUGGUAUUGCACUUAUCGAUAUUCAUAGAUGUAUCAUACAAAAAUUGAUUAUUCAUAAUCCAUUAGAAAAUGAUAUUGAUAUUGAAAUAAUACCUAAAGAAUCGCAUAGCCAGUUUGAUGUACCAACUGGAAAGAUAUCAAUAGAAGCACAGAAUAUAACUGAAAUUGAUAUUUUAUAUAAACCGCCAAGCACAGAAAAUGAAAAUUCUUGUAAUUUUCUGAUCAAUUUAUCUGAAAAUCAGACAGCAUUAACAGAAUUAUAUGUUUAUGGAAACAUUGCUGUUGUAGAUGUUCAAUUAUCAACAGAUACCAUUAAUUUUGGUUAUUGUCCUUGUGAUGGAACAAUACUAGAAAAACAUUUCGAUAUCAAAAAUUCCUUAUCAUGUUCGCUAAAUGUUGUAGCACAAAUACAACAAGAAACACAAGCAAUAUCAAUGAAAUCGGUAUUAACAAUUCAAACUGAGCAAUUAAAUUUGAAUCCAUCUACAACGACACAUUUACAUGUAUCAUUAAAACCAAAUAAUGCAGAGGAAAAUAUCGAUCGUGAAAUAUGUCUUGCUAUUAAUUCACCUAAAUAUUUCAAAUUAUUGAAAGUAAUUGGUUUUGUUCGACAAACUAAACUCACAGUUAUGUAUCAAGGACAAACAGUUAUUAACAAUCAAUCCGGACAAUUAUCAAUUACAGAUUUAUACAAAUCAGAAGAACGUUCAAUAUCACUUGAAUAUAUCAAUGAUGGCGAAGUUGAAUAUACUUUAUCUUUAUCAAGUGACUUAAAUUUAAGUACGAAAACGCUUGUGUUAAAUCUUGGAAUAAAAGAAACAGUACAAGUGAAAAUUCGCAUGAGUGAUGCUUCUUCUAGAAAAACUUCUACCAUCGAUAUAAAUUCCACUAAUAUUAGUCGUCCUUGUGUGACACUCACAUUCCUUUGUGAAUCACAAUUACCACAAUUAGGUUUUCCAUCGGAAAUCACAAAAGAAAUACGUAUUGGACAAUCAGUUGAUAUGGAACAGUUAUGGAUGAACAUAUCAAGAAGUAUAAAACUAAUUGAAUGUGAUAUAUCAAUUAAAAAUUUAGGCAAAUCAGCAGCAAACAUACAAUAUAUACAACUUCUAUCAUCAAAAGAAUAUCAAUAUUAUCCAACCGAUUUUCGUAGUUUUCAUCCCAUCAUACAAUUUAAAGCUAGUGAUAUAUUCACAGGCAUUCCAUAUCAUCUUGAAUUUAAAAUACCUAUUCUUGAAAUAUCACCAAAAGCUUUCUUUAAUAUCGGUGUAAUUAAAAAUGAAAAAAUCUUUAAACCAUCUAUUAUACUUCGAAUAUUCGAGAUUUUGAUACUCCAAAUGAUAUUAACAGUAAUCAGACGACUUUUAGAACCUCAACCAUUUUCUAUUCAUGGUGUCAAAUUUUUAUUUAAAGAUCUGACAAGAAUUGAAAAAUGUUUAACAUCAUUAGCAUUACAAUAUAGUUCAGAAUUACGAUCUAUAUUACAAAAAUUACAAACUGAUGUCGGUCGAUCACAAAAUAUAGAUAUAAAACCACCAUCAAAGAGUUUAACAUUAAAUAAAUUAUCACAUUUAGAUCCAUUUAGUCAUAGCGCUGAUGCAUCGAUCGAUCAUUCGCCAUUGGAACCUUCUUCAAAAGUAACAUUUUCACCAUCGUCACCACCAACGACAACACCAACAAAUAAUGAUGAGUUCGAUCAACUAAUCUCGCAUGAUGAAUGGCUAAAGAAUAUCAAAAACCAUAAUGUCAUAGUUGGUGGCACAGACACGCAUUCAUCUAAUCUACUUAAAUCAUCAUCUAAUAAUCGUACUAUAAACACGAAUGUUGAUCAAAUACUUCAAGAUAUGCUAAAUAAACAAACAACAAGAGGAGAAGCAUUAACAUUUGAUGAAGGUACAUAUCCAGCAACUGGUUUAGCUCGUAUUACACAAAAAGUAUUUCCAAUCCGAACAUCAACAGUUUCGACUUCAAAUACUACUGUACACAAAAUGGUUAUUAUUCUUACGGAUGGUCUCACACAAGAGCGUGAUAAUGAAACUUAUUCAUUAACGAUAAGUAAAUAUGAUAUUAAAUUAGGUUUUAUGUUUAUUGAAGAUAAAAAUUCCAAUUCAAGUACAAUGUUAUUAGAAGCACUUAAACGUCAAUCAAAACAUUCAAAAAUAGCUUCGGAUAGUAUAUCUAAUUUACCAUUACAAAUAGCACAAUUAAUGAAUACAAUGUUAGAAAACUGUUUACAAGGUAUACAAGAUAAAAAUGAUUUACCAACAACAAUAAUAAAACAAACAAUAAAUAUUGAAAUACCAAUCGAUUCAAAAUCUUUAUCGAAAUUAAUUUAUAAACAACAACAACAUCAGAAUGCUGAUGAAAAUAAAAAACCUAAAAUAACAAAAAAUGUUACAUCAUAUACAGUAAGUCAACCAAAUUCAAUGGUAUCAAAACUAAUUAAUGUUAAACAUUUAUUAAAUCAAUAUUUAUCACGAAACAAUUCAUAUACAAAUUUAUCACUAGCAGCAGGUGAAUUACGUAAAUAUUAUCAAGAACUAAGCACAACUAGUGACAUACAAACUCAUAUAACACACGCUGAAGAAUUAUGGCAUACAGAAGAGACUCGAUUAUCAAAUUCAAUUGAUGAUCUCAUGUCGGUGUCUAGUGAUGUUGUAUUUGCUUUUAAUAAAUUUACACGCCGUCGAGCAGCUUUACGUGGUUCAUCACUCUAUUUACCUGGUUUAAUAAAAGCUAUGACAAGUGAAUGGAGUUAUAAGAAAAUAUUUAGUUCAGAAUUAGCCGGUGGAAAACGUGAUCAUGCACUUUGCUUAGUACUUGAUAUAUCUGUAUCAAUGUUUGGAAAUAUGGGUGAAUGUUUAUUUGAAACAUUAAUUAUAUUUAUUGGUGCACUGAAAAAAUUAGGUCUUGAUAAUUAUAGUAUUGUUCUAUUUGGAAAGAAAGUAACAAUUAUUAAAACACAUGAACAAACAUUUGAUAUUUAUGUUAUCUACACAUUAUUACAACAGAUCAAAUUUGAUCAAGAAAAUGAUUCAAAAGAUGCAUUUGGUUCAGAAGUUGCUAUUGAUUUAUUAACAAAUUGUGCAACAAGGGGUGAAAGAAAAAUAUUUAUUUCAACUGAUGGUUAUGGAAAUUGUACUGAUCUAUUACCAAUGGUACAACAACGUGCAGAAGAUCUUGGUAUUGAUCUUAUUGCAUUAGGUGUCGGUAUUGAUCGUACAAAUUUACAAUCAUCAUAUGCACGAUAUAUUCAAUGUGCUGGAGCAUAUAAUGUACCCAAAGCAUUACGAAGUCUAUGUGAAAAUGAACCACAAUUUAAAUCAAUUGAUUGGUUAAAACAAUCAGAAGAUUUUACAACACAAACUGUAACAACAGAAGUUGAAAGUAUAAUCAAUGAUCCUAAGCAUCAAAAAGCAUUUGGUAAAUUCAUUCAAAAAUUGAAUGGUGAACGUGAACACUUUUUAACUAGUACAGGUAGUCCACCGUCGAAUAUAGUGGUUGAUAUUUAUUUUUGUUUGGAUAUUACUGGUAGUAUACAAAAAGACAAAUUAUAUGAAAAAUAUUCGUCAUUAAAAUUGAAAUUAAAUUUUGCUAUUAUUGGCUAUCGUGAUAUUACAGAUAAUCCACAAUAUGAAACAUUGAAUUUUACACAUGACGAAGAUCAAAUUAUCAGGUUUUUAGACAAAUUACAAGCAAAAGGUGGUAAUGAUUGUCCAGAAGAUGUUCUCGGUGCUUUGGAUAAAUGUUUGACAUUACCAAAUUGGAGUGUAUCGAAUGCACGAUUUAUUGUAUUGAUUACAGAUGCACCUGGACAUGGACAAGAUUUAAAUGAUGAUGAAAAUGACAGAUAUAAAAAUGGUACUGGAUUAACUGUGGAUAAAAUAUUUAAACGAUUAUCAGAAAAAGAUAAAGAAAUUGAUUUAAUGUUUUGUUGUAUUAAAUCAGAAUAUACGAAAAAAAUGGAAGAUGCAUUCAAACAACAAUAUCAAGCUAUUGAAGGACGAACUCUUAGUGUUACCGAACUAUUUGACAAAACAAAACAAUAA